AUGGACAGGCACGCCUGCAGGCUCUGUUUCCGGCGGUUCUCAAACGGCAGAGCUCUUGGAGGCCACAUGCGCUCCCAUGCGCCGUCCGCAGCCGCCGCUGCCGUCAGGUCCCAGCUUAUUGAGUACUCCGCCUCGCCCUCCGCCUCUUCCUCCGCCUCCCGGGGGGAGCUGGAAGUAACAGAGCGAGUUGCUGAAGUAUCAGACGAGGUAGUGGCAGGGACGGAAGAAGAUGCUAAGCAGCUGCUCUCCUAUGGUCUGCGCGAGAACCCGAAGAAGAGCUUCCGCCUCGUGGAUCCGGAGUUCUCGUCCACCUUCGUGGCGGCGGACUACGCCUCCGGAGGCUGCUCAUCCGUCGUUGUCCAGGACUGGGAAAGCGAGACCGAGUCGUCGGUGCCGCCGUCCCUUCGCCGUCGAUCCAAGCGACGGCGGCGCGCCCCUCCGCUGUCGCCCCCUAAGUCGGAGCCUUCUCUAGACCCAGAGCCCGUCAGCUCCGUCUCCGACACCACCCCGGACGAGGACGUGGCCCGCUGCCUGAUGAUGCUCUCCCGCGAUGUUUGGACGACCGACACGCCGGCCGCCGCUAAGAGGAACAGCUCCUACGGGGAAGAAGAGGACGAAGAGGAACAGCCCUCCGAUGACGACUCGGAGAAGCGGGUCGCCGCCGCUCGGUUGCGGAGGGGGGGACGGGGCAAGUACCAGUGCGGCACCUGCGGGAAGAUCUUCCGCUCGUACCAGGCGCUGGGCGGCCACCGGGCGAGCCACAAGAAGAUCAGACCUUGCCUCGGAUCGACCCUCGUCGAUGUGGAAGAGGAGGAGAACGACGAUCGCCGCCGUCGGGGCCAUCAGAUCCACGACGCAGAUUCUGAGGUGAAUGCGGCGCCGUGCACGGUCUCCUCCGCCGACCGUAGGAUUCACGAGUGCCCAGUUUGCUUCAGAGUCUUCAGUUCCGGUCAAGCUUUGGGUGGUCACAAGAGAUCCCAUCUCAUUAACUCUUCCAGUACUACUAAUUCCACCACUCCAGUGCUAGUAUCAAAUUCCGUUCUUGCUGCUGCUGCUGCUGCUGUUCAUGUUUCUGCUACUGCGGAUGCUAGUCCAGUUCGUGCUACCAAGUCUGUUGGUGAGAGCUUGAUCGACCUUAAUCAACCGCCGCCGAUGGAUGAGGAAGCGGAGCUCUCCGCAGUCUCCGACGGGCAGCAGUACAAGUAG